CACAAAUUGAAGUGUUAUUCCUCUAUUUUCCUCUUUCACUUCCUACUCUUCCGAGUUUCUUCCUCUACUUAUCAUUCAGAAUCCUUAAGGUCUCUUCCUCUGAAAAAAAAAAAAAUUAGAAAGGAAAUGGAGGGACAAGGAUGCUUUGGAAGUUUCUUUCAGAGGUGUAAGCCUUACAUAGCCAUGAUUUCUCUGCAAUUUGGCUAUGCUGGCAUGAACAUCAUCACUAAGGUUUCACUCAACCGAGGAAUGAGCCACUACGUGCUUGUUGUCUACAGGCACGCAUUUGCCACUGCUGCUAUCGCUCCCUUUGCUCUUGUUCUCGAAAGGAAAGUGAGGCCAAAGAUUACAUUUCCUAUUUUCAUGCAACUUUUUGUUCUCGGGCUUCUUGGGCCAGUGAUUGAUCAGAACUUCUACUACGCCGGGCUGAAAUUUACGUCACCUACCUUCUCUUGUGCUAUGAGCAAUAUGCUCCCAGCAAUGACAUUCGUCAUGGCAGUCCUUUGCAGGAUGGAGAAGUUGGACGUGAAGAAAAUUAGAUGCCAAGCAAAGGUGGUGGGAACAGUAGUGACAGUAGCUGGAGCCAUGUUGAUGACACUUUACAAAGGAAAUGUCAUUAAUCUUGUGUGGUCUGAGCAUAUGCAUCACUCUCAAUCAAAUUCCCCUGCACAGGCCGCUGGAAUCAGUGACAAGGAUUGGGUUACGGGUUCCAUUCUUCUCAUCAUUGCUACCCUUGCCUGGGCUUCUUUCUUCAUCCUUCAGGCAGUGACAAUGAGGAAAUACGCUGCUCAUCUCUCACUCACAACACUUGUGUGCUUCAUAGGCACACUACAGUCUAUAGUUGUCACUUUUGUUAUGGAGCACAGGCCCUCAGUUUGGACCAUUGGAUGGGACAUGAAUCUUCUAGCUGCUGCCUACGCUGGUAUAGUGUCAUCAAGCAUUGCAUACUAUGUCCAAGGAUUGGUCAUGCAGAAAAGAGGACCUGUCUUUGUUACUGCCUUUAGCCCUCUGAUGAUGAUCAUUGUUGCUAUCAUGGGCUCUUUUAUCCUUGCUGAAAAGAUUUAUGUCGGAGGUGUUCUUGGCGCUGUAUUGAUUGUAAUGGGACUUUACUCGGUUCUGUGGGGCAAGUACAAGGAGUACAAAGAGAAGGAAGCCAUUGAAGAAAUUCCUGAAGCAGUAAAGGAAGGUGGAGAUCAUAAUAAUGGUAGGAUAGCAACAGUGAUGGAAGACAUUGAAGCAAAUGGAAUUGAAAUGCCAAAGAAUGAAACUAACAGAGAAUUUGUGCCCGUAUUAGCCAUCAGUGCUCCCAUUCCACAACCUCCCAUGAUUGCUGUGGAAACACCAAAAGCUUAAAGCAGCUUAGAAUGAGAAAUACAGAAAUAAUAUCUUUGCAUUGUUGCAUGGUGGACGUGGACUAAUAGAAGUGAGGGAAAGAGGGGCUUUUUGUACUUUUGAUCUCAAUAUUUUUAAUUUCUUUUGACAAUGUGAGUUACAAUAACUAUUAUGUUAUCUUUCAUGUAAGCUUAUAUUUAGCAAAGCUUUAAUGAAAAGAAAAUGAGAAUCACUUUUUAAAA